AUUCGCAUUUUUAAUUUGGCAUGUGUUUUACGUCGGAUGCCCUUCCUGACACAACCCUCUGCAUUUAUCCAGACUUGGGACUGGCACAAGAAGACACUGGCUUGUGCCCCCUUGCGGUUGCAUUACAUCGUUUCUGAACUGAUACAGUGAUAUAUUCAAAGAAUUAUGGUGCUUUAAACCCAAGACUGUAGAAUAGCAAAAGAAGUGUAAGCCCGUGGAAAGUUUGAAUGUACUGCUUUCUUCGUUCUGUAUGUGGCAGGCUCAGAUUUUAGCCUUUCCUACAACACCCUCCCUACAUAGAACAGAUCCCAGACAGACUUUCAAUUCAGAAUGCAAUGGUUAAUCAAUACAUGCGACUGAAUGGCUUUGGAAUAGAGCAAUUUCUCCUCAGCCUGCCUUAGCAGGUCUAUAGACCAGCCUUAGAACAGAGAGCAUAAUUCAUCAUGCCUGAUACAAGACACCCCUAAUUGUGCAUCGAUUUUAAGCCCUUCUCUGAAACUAUUUGGGCAAGCUGUAAUGUCAGCUCAGUAAACUAUGUGUUCAGAGCUACCGUUCAGAUCCAGGGAAUGAAGAAUUAAUCAUUUGUUUUUCUUUUCAAGUCAAUCCAGGCUGGUAUUUGUUGUUUGUUUUGCUACAUAAUAUAGUGUUAACCGUACAUGCUCCCUGGGCUUUUUCACUGUAUGUACAAUUUGGUGGGUGCUGCAAUAUUACAUUGUAUUUUGUUAGUAAUGACAGAACCUGUAUCAUUUUGCAGUUGCCAAUGUCAGCAUCUACUGACACUGUGUAUCUAGAGGCUUAUGUCUGGAUGUAAAAUACACAAAGAUAAGGUGUGAGCAUGCAAUACAAUUGUAAGGAAUUACAAUAUAUGUAACAGAUUAUAAUUUAAUAAUAUGAGAAAUUGCAGACGUUACAGCGCCAGAGUCAGUAUACCAAAAGGAUAUGCUACGCAGAGUGACAAUUAUAUAUGAAUGAUUAUCAUUGUUCUAAAUCCCCUGCUCACAUCCUUUACAGAAAAGCACGCCUAAUUCCCAUAUAUUAUCCUAAUUAUCCAUUGUUUACCAACUAUCUACAGGCUCAUUCAGUUCUCAUGGGCAAAGUCAAUGUUGCAAGUCUAUAAAGGCCCAGUACUUUUCCAUUACCACAGCUAAUGAGUGCAUUAGUAUACAACAUACUAGACAAGAUGGUGAAGAGGAAGGUCUCUAUAACAGUCAGCAUGAGCACACUUCAGGUGUUUGAAAUUGUAUCAGUUUUUUUGUUUUAUUAAAAAGUCACCUGACAGUUCCAAGAUGUAGGUCUAGAUUAGGAUUAGUGUUCCAUAAUUGCUAUAGUUACAUAGGUACAGUAGAUAGAUAGAUAGAUAGAUAGAUAGAUAGAUAGAUAGAUAGAUAGAUAGAUAGAUAGAUAGAUAGAUAGAUAGAUAGAUAGAUAGAUAGAUAGAUAGAUAGAUAGAUAGAUAGAUAGAUAGAUAGAUAGAUAGAUAGAUAGAUAGAUAGAUAGAUAGAUAGAUAGAUAGAUUUUAAUGCUGUGUUUAGUGUUAGUAAUUAGCUGAGAGUAGUUAAAUAGAUUCCUUAUGCAUAUCAUUCAGUUCAGGUGUUCUGUAUAUAUUUAAAGCCUCAGCUUGCAGCAAAGAUGUUGGGCCACAGAGCCUAGCCCUAUUCCUUACUGUGGCCACAGAUGGCGUCUUGUCAAUCACUCACCUCUCAAAGAACAGGAGCGUCUGGCUAAUUAACAGCGUGCUGCACUCCACCAGUUGAGCAACAGCAAUGUUCGCAAGGACCAGGCAACACAAUGGAGGCAUCUCGCCCACCACGUCUCCCCUAGUCAUUAAGUCGCCCACCUCACAUCUCCAACAUAGAAAUAGUCCUAUUACUUGGCCUCUCUGAAUCACCAGCCCACGCCUGGCAUUUUCCUUGUCAAUCAACCAAGUGGUAAAUAUUGGUUGUGGUGCUGAGAACUGACAGGGGAAACUUGGAUUUCUUUCACAAGUGACAGCACCAACUACUGUUUUUGUGCUGAUUUAUAAUGCAGUUAUGAGAUGUGUACGGAUGCCGGGCUGUGGUGAAGUCACCGAUGCAGGCUACAAGUGUCUUAUUACCGUGUAUGGUGCGCUGUAGGCUGGGAUGCAUGACAGGAUGUAUGAUAGGGGCUGGUCAUGUGCUGUGUGCCUCAAGGGGGCAAUAAAAGUAAACAGACUGCAAGAAACUUCAAUGCAGAGUAAUGGAAAAAAUGUCUCAUUUGGAAACUAAUAACAAAUUUUACCUGACGAGAACCCACCGUGUAAAAUUGAGGGAAUGAGUUGGCUUAGGUUAGUGUCAAAUGUGGAACCCAUCUCUCUCUCUUCUUCUUUUUCUCUUUUCUCUCUCUCUCUCUCUCUCUCUCUCUCUCUUUACACGCACACACACACACACCUAGUUUCCUUCAUCCAGUCCUCCUUUUCUUUUUGUGUGAAGAUAACCUGUAAAAAGUUUUGCUCUCCCACCCCUCAGUACCCCCAGUUUGCCCACUCUGCUGAUAUAAAUUGUGUGUUUGUACGUGUGUGUGUGUGUGUGUGUGUGUGUGUGUGUGUGUGUGUGUGUGUGUGUGUGUGUGUGUGUGUGUGUGUGUGUGUGUAUGAAUGUCUAUAUUGUAUCUAUGUGCAAGUGUGUAUUGAGCUCCAUAUUGAGCAUGAGUAAUUCAAGGGGCUUCACAUGCAUCAGGCAUCUAACAAUAGUGUGUUUGUGUGUGUGUGUGUGUGUGUGUGUGUGUGUGUGUGUGUGUUCUGUACAGGGCAGGCAUGUUUGGUCCAUUCAUAACACAUACCUGAAUUACAGGCAUUUGUUACAUUUCUCACGAUCUCAACAAUGUAAACACACAAGACAGAAAAAAAACAACUUAAGGAACAAACAAAUUCUUCUUCCACCCUGACAGAUGUUCAGUGCUGUGAAGCGAUGAUUGUACUUUUUUUUUAUUCGUUUAGUUGCUGAACUUGUCUUCUUUGACUUUUAUUUGGAGCGUGUCUUUUUUUUUUCAAAAUCCAUGAAGUGGAGUUAAAAAUCAUAUCAAGUGGAGGGAGACAAAAAAAUAAAAGUCAGUUUUGUUUUUAACAGAACUCACUGUGUGUGGUUUGUUGCUGGAAGCGGGACUCUCUCUGUUGGCCCCUGUGGUUGGAAAGGAGGUGAGGUCAGGCGAGUUGCUUCAGCUUUCUUUUUGCUUCCUGCUGAGUAAAGAGCCUCUGCUUUUGUUGUGUUUGCAGGUUUGUCUCCAAGGUUUUUUAUUAAAAUCUCUGAAUGUUUGGUUUGAUGAAACACUGUCAGAAUAAAUAACUUGCCAACAAAUGAUUUAAAUGUUAUUAGUUGGUGAUAACUUCAUAUUAGAAAUGAUCUGUUGUCAUUACCAAUCAUUAAUAUGAAAAUUAGUCCUUUUUAACCAGUUUGUCAGGGUCCAUUUUGAUUAAAACUGGCUGUUGCCAUGUGGUUAGUGUUAAUUUCUAGCUGGGUUGUAGCUAGAAAUUACACACAAGAGGAAACUCCACUUGUCCUCCUCUUGUCAAUGACAAACAUCUGUGUCUCCUCAUCCUCAUCAUCAUUUAUUGUCAAACAACAUGAUAAUGGAUUUUGGGAGCUAAUCUGCUCUAAUUCAUUGUAAUAACAACAUGUAAUCAAUGUUCUCUUUAUUUAGAAGAUGAAUUUAUUUAGUCUAGAUAGGAAAAAUCUAUCAAGUUGUAUCAUAUUCCAGUUUUUGGGUAGUAACAUAAAUAAUUUCUGUUAUAUUUUUGACAAAAAUUUCAAUCGUGCUGUGAAAAAAACCCAAAAAGAAGGAAAUAAGAGUAUUGGAUAUUUCAAAGUUCAGACUUAGUAAAUACACUUUAGGUGUGCUGGGGAUUAAAUAACACUAGGCUUUUAGGUCACUAAGUAAUACCAGCAAUGUUAUGAGUACUUCACCAAGCUCUGACAUUUUUGGUUUUUGAACUCACUUUCUGAGCGAUGCUCUUUUAUUUAGAAUAAUUCUCUGUUGAAAAAAAAUGUGACUUUAUUGUUUGAGUUGGGUCACUGUCACUGUUUUCAAAGUUCCUUGACUUCCAAAAAGUAAGGUAAUAAUGUUACGUAACACCCCUUUAAGUAAUUGCAAUUAAAGUGUUUUUACAGAGUAAAUCCUCUGUAGUUUUCAAUUUAGAGUGGCAAGUUUAAGGCAGACUUUGUUCCCCAAGUUGAACUGAAUAUAUUUAAACUUGUGUGCCUCUUUGUAUUUGCUUAAGUGUUAGGGUAUGUUUUAAAGAAAUACUUCAUUAAUAAGUUCUUGUUUCUCAGAUAACUGGCUGUAAAUACAAACUUUCAGUGGCCUAAGGCCUUUUGCAAAAACAUCACAUUCAUUCCUUUAGUUAUGUGUAAUUACUUAAAAUUGAAAUACAAAUAUUACCAAUCAAAUUGAUGUGAUGAUUUAAAGAGCCUCUGCACUACUGAUAGAGGGAAACAGAAACCUGUAGAAAAACUUGUAGAGUAAUGGCAGCAGCACUUGCUUACUGUUGCACUGUGGUUUCUGUCAGCAUGCAGACAGAGGGCCUAUUUGUUUGACAAGACACUGACAUAUGUAGUUUUUCACCCCAACAGUCUCUGAAUUUCAGGUUUCUGUUGAAGAAUGACCUAUUAAUGAACCAUCAACUCUAACCAUAGAGUGCAACAACAAAAAAACAAGCUGACACCAUCACAUUUUAAAGCACAGAGAGCUUCAGACUUCAGAAAUUAUUUCACCACUCAAGCUUGAAGUGGAGAACAACAGCAGCAUGGCAAAACUGACUCACCUGUGUUUGCUUCUUUUGUUGGCAGGCCAAGUACCAGCCCUGACAGCGACCCCAGAGGGACUGAGGGUCAGACAGUACCCUCCCUCGCUAAGUGUGACGCGGGGUGAAACGGCAACCCUGUCCUGUCAUUUCAAAGUCGAAUCCCUCAAGUAUGGGGUUCAGUGGUUCAAAAUGAAGUCAGAAAAGCAGCUCAUCCCAAAGUCAUCCAGGCAGAUCGUUGUAGAGAAGAAUCAAACCUCCUCCCUGGUGAUCACUGAGGUAGCACUGGAGGAUUCUGGGUGGUAUUACUGCGAGGUGAACGUCCUGCAGAAAGACCCAGAGUGGGGCAACGGCACCGAGCUGGUCGUCUUCGCACCACCUUCUGCUCCCAAAAUUUACCUCCAGAUUCCCCUAGACCCACAAACUGGUCAGUGGGCUCUCCUCUGUCUCACCGGGGGAUUCCACCCCAGUGAGCUCACCCUCACCUGGACCUAUCAGAGCACAGCAGCCAAUAUCGACCACCUGUCAGUCACCAAUUGCACCCUUCCUGCAAUCAACCCUCACAGUAACCUGUCUGAACACCCAGCUGACGGAGCCCUGCUGUCCUCAGAUUGGUUGGUGAACUCCAUGCCUCUGAGCCAGCCAAAGUGUUUCCAGAUGAUGGACAACCACAGCCAAGAAGUGUAUCUCUUCAGUGUGUUUUUCCUCCCACUGAAACGGUCUUUGGACACAGGAAUCACCUUCACAUGUGGGGUGCAGAACCACCCUGCCAUGAGCACAGCUCUGACUGCCUCCUUCACUUGGGAUGCCUCCCCUAACGAGCUGAUUGUACACUUGAAUAUCCUCAAGAUGUGUUUCCUCUCUGCAAUGACAGUUGUUUUUUUAUUGGAAGCAGUCAAACAUUUUUGCGUGCAGGGAAAAUUAUGUCGGCCAUGUGAGUACAAUAUUCUCCUCUGCCUUUGGCAAACACAUCAUGUAUAAACACACAUGCAUACACGCUCACACAGGGCUGUUUUUCUUAUUGCCUUAUCCCUGUAACCUAUCACACAUUGUUAGGAAAAAGUCAACACUGACGCAGCAACCAAUUAUUGUCUUCCAGGAAACACAAAAUGAAAUAGGAGAAAAAACAAAACAAGGACCGCCGGGUGUUCAGUGUGGCUCUUCUCAGCAGACCAACCUCUGACAAACAACAUCACAAACAUAAAUUUAAUAGAAUUAAUUCUGACACAGUUAAUUCUGCACUAUGAGUAAAUGUUGUGUAUACCUCCUACUCUCUCAUAUUUUACAUUCGAAAGUUUCUACCAUUUUUAAACCUUGUGCUGUAUAUUCUGCCUGGCUUUCUCACACUGUACUGUAGAUCCUCUAAACACUGAUGCAAUGCUGAUUUCUUCCUGCACAUCAAAGCUGUUUAUCUCUAUAACUCUUUAUCGCUGUGGCGUGCUGACUAGGGUGUUUUUGAAUUUGCUCAUUGUGUGCUGGUAGUCCGCACAUCGGGUCUGUGUGUCAAAAUGAAUGCUUCAUGCAUGAUCCACCUGUCAAACAGAUACAGUGAUCAGCUCAACCUCCGUGCAGGCCUAAUCCUCACAAAACAGGAUUACAGUUGAUGCCAGCGCUUGCUUGUGUGAUAGCAUUGUUUAUGUGUGCAGUGUGUGGGGUGAGAUCUUGAUUCACGUGUUGGUGGAAGUUCAUUUUAAAUUUAGGCCUGCCCACACUGCCAAGAGCACCAAAUGUUGCCAGUAAUAAUGACCAUAAAAUUUAGAGCAAGAUGAUGAAUCUACAGUAUAACCAGAUUAGUGAUGUCAAAAAAAGGCUUUUUAUCUGCUCAAUAAACAUGCUAUUGCUCACACUUAAUCCUUAUUUUUAUUUUAAACUACUUUUAUGAAUGUCAUUAUAUAUUUUUUUUUAAAAAGGUAUGCAUUUAUACAACAUAAGUGAUGAUCUGGUGGUCACACCUAAAUUCAUGUACUGCAGUGGAUAUUUACAUGCAAUGUAACAUUCGUCACUCUCUUUCAAAAACAAAUUAGUCCUUAUCUCUUUUCUUUCACGCACGCACACACACAGAAUCAUCUAUUACCUACCUGCUGCCAUUACAAAAGAAUAUGAGUCAUACAUUAUGUAAAAUAAAUGUUUAUAUGAUUUGUGUAUUAAAAAAGUGUUUGUGUUUCGUGUUAUAUAAUUACAACCCCUGUCAUACAGCUUUCAGACGUAUAUUACAUUCAUUCAUACAUAUAUUUAUAAAUGUAGUACCACAUAUGGUUUAAAUAUGGCCACAUAUGUCAUAUAACAUAUAUAACAAAUUCUAAUCUAAUCUAAUCAAAUCAGAGUAUAAAUAUAAAAUUGUGUAACCUCAAAUCUGCAUGAGAAUGGUUAUAGCCAUGCAAGGCAAAAUACAAAAUACACAGAUACAUGUUUACAUAAAAAGCAAACUGUAUAUUAGCUGCAUACAAUAUAUGUUUUGUAAACCCGGUCAUUUUCAAUACACUUGAAUAUUUGACUCUUUCAGAUCUCACACUUCACAGUUCUCUUUUUUUAUCAUCUGACACAUAAUAAGCAUGUUUUU